GUUUCGGCAUUGAAAACAAGAAGCGUUUUGCUUCCAUCCAUCCGAUCGAUCACAUGAAGAAGAAUGAUUUAAGAAAGACGUUGGAAGAGCUUGGUGUUUUAGAAAAAGUAGAGAAUUUGGGCAUAGAUGCGCCUCGAGACAUGCUGAUGAAAUCAGUAGCUGAUCUGACAAGACUAUUGAAUAUUCCAGCUGACGCUGCCAAUGAUAUUUUAAUGGCGGCUUCAUUAGAAGCCUUUGAUUGGCGUUUACGCGAAAGAACAGGAAAUGAACUUAUCCAACAACAGCAUACACGUGUAUUAACAACAGGCGAUGCAACGAUGGAUAAAGUGUUCAACGGCGGUAUUUCGCUUGGAGCGAUUACAGAAGUGGUAGGCGAAAGCUCCUCUGGAAAGACACAGCUUGCUUUACAACUUUGCGUAGCAGCUCAAAAGCCUGAGCAGGAAGGCGGUUUAGGUGGUUCUGCGGUUUACAUCUGCACCGAAGGUCCGUUUCCUUCCAAACGGCUUGACCAACUACUCCACCAAUACCCUGAGCCUCAGCAGGAGGAAUUGAGAAAUAACUUGUUUACUAUACGUGUUAAAAACUGUGAUGAACAAUACAGGACGAUCUUUUACCGAUUACCGGCAUUUGUCGAAUCGCAAAUAAAAAAGAAACGAGUACGCGUUAUUGUCAUUGACUCUAUUGGUGCACUUUAUCGUAGUGAGGCGCACGGCAUAGGCAAGAAACGGUUCGAGAGAAUGAGUGAGAUAUGUGAUUUAGGCACACAAUUGAAAAAGAUUGCCGAUCAGUAUGAACUCGCUAUUAUCGCUGUGAAUCAAGUAGCAGACGUUCCUACUACAAGAAACCAACCCGACAUUGAGCAACUGCAACAAUGGGCAGACUUUCAGUUGCUGAAUGCUGAAAAGAGUAAUUCUAUGGCUGGUUUGUAUAUUGAUUCAUUGUUGAAGAAGCCUAUUUUGGGUGUCUCCUGGGCUAAUUCUGUCAAUGCGCGUAUUCGCAUGGCAAGGUCUCCUAUAUUGGAACACAUGAAAACAAGACGUAUACUAUUUCUCGAAUUCUCACCAACGGCCCCUCGAUAUGGCUGUGAGCUCAAGAUUGACAAUAACGGCAUCCAUGCUAUUUAAAACUGUAACAAACUAUCUAAUUGAAACCAAGCUAUUCCCACCCCCCACCCCCUGUUGACACAAACAAAUAGUAGCAACUGCAUACCUACUUUAAUCAUACACAUAUACCUUUUAGCAAACAAUAAGUAAAGUUUAAUGAG